UAUGGUCGUAUCUACAAAUAAGAUUGUAAUGUUUUCUCAUAUCAUGAAGAUCAAUAUACACACCAAUCUGUCAUCAGAAUAUCUAGUCCAAGUUCAUCUAUAAGCUGAUUAUGCAAUAUAAUAAAUGUACAUUUUUUCGCAAGGUAGAAAAUUUUUAGAAAAAAUGUACAAAACACAGAUUAAUUGGAUCAUAAUGAUCAAUAACUAAUGUAUAUGAACUAUUGAUCAUUUUAGG